AUGAUCAGAUUCGAUCCGGACGAAGACGACGACAUGAGCGAAGAGAAGCGCUUCUACUACUUGAGGCUCAUGGCGAAGCCUGGUCGUAAACCGAUCAAGACCAAAUUCGUCACUUGGUCGCCAGAACAACAGAGUAGUAGUCGUGACGAGGAUCCGGUGCUUGAGGUAGUGCACGCUGUGUUUAUCGUUUUCUUGUGA